AUGUCACCUAGAUUGGUAGCCUCAUUUCUGAAAUUAGUUUUAGGUCACUCAAAAAUCAAGAAGUCUCAGGUUCCUGUUCAUUCUAACAUAUCAAGUGCACCAGUAGCUAUCCCUCUAGUAAAAAUAAUAGCACAAUUGCCCAGAUUAUUUCCUCGUUCAAUAGAUGAAUCGUUUAAGGACUAUCGCGUAUACAAAGAAGGCCCUGAAAGAAUGCAAGAAGAUUUACUAUCCACCUUGCCAUUUUAUCCUAAUGUCUCAAAAGACAAGGUUGCUAGAAUAAUUAAAACAGUAGUUGAUGAGGAAGGCAAUUAUAUCAAUGAGUUCUGUAUAACUCCCAAAAAUACCGUUAAUUCACAAAAACUGAAGCAUUUAAUAUUUAUUCAUGGAUAUGGCGCUGGAUUUGGAUUUUUCUUGAAAAAUCUUGAAUCUAUUCCAUUACUAGAUAAUAAUUGGUGUAUACAUGCGAUAGAUUUACCAGGUUUUGGUUUUUCAUCACGUAAGAACUUUCCUUUCAAGUAUCCGACAAGUAAUACAAGUGAAGUCACAGCCUGGUUUCAUGAGAGAAUACGUAGAUGGCUAGAAGAGCGCACACUAUUAGACAACCCAAAAAACAACGUUAUUGUUGCUCAUUCCCUCGGCGCAUAUCUAAUGGCCCUAUAUACUCAGGUGUACCCAGCCCACCUCAGAAAACUAAUAAUGUGUUCUCCAGCUGGUGUCUCAAAGUCCCAAAAUAAUAGCAAAGCCGUCUUACAGCCGCCAUGGUGGUAUGCGAAGCUCUGGGAUAUGAAUCUUUCGCCAUUUACUCUAGUGCGGUUAUCAAAACAUCUCGGAUCUAAACUAACAAGUGGAUGGUCCUACAGAAGGUUUAAAUUGAUCGAAAAUAGAAUGCAAUUUGAAAUGCUACAUAGAUAUUCCUACGCAAUUUUCAACCAACCAGGAAGUGGAGAAUAUCUGUUGGGCUUCAUUUUAGAAUGUGGAGGAAACCCUAGAUGUUCACUUGAAGAUACUCUCUUUUCUAAUAAUUUCAAUGUCUCAAGUAAAGUAGAAUGGGCAUGGAUUUAUGGAGAAAAUGAUUGGAUGGAUAUUGAAGGAGGGAGACGAGUCCACAACUUAUUACUUGAGAAGUUUAACCGUGAUAGUAAAUUUUAUAUGGUUCCUAACGCUGGUCAUCACUUAUACUUGGAUAAUAUUCGUUAUUUUAAUAAUAUAAUUGUCCAACACAUGGAAAAUGUAUGA